UCAGAAAUAAACACUCGAUAAACAUAUCAAAAUGUUAUUUCUACACCGAUGAAUUUUUUACGGACAUGAGAGUUCUAUAAGAGUCAUAUUUUAAGGCAAGAAAUAUCGUCAAAAUGAACACCGGCGACGAAGUGUUGUCCUUUAUGGAUUUACUGGAUUUAGACGAAGAAUUAGUCGACGAGCGUCUUAAAACAAUUAUGGUAAGAGACGAUCACUCCAAAAAACAUCUAACUUGGGCAAUUCAACUUUUACAAUACAAGCAACUUAUAAAUAACAAGGAGGAGACAGACUGCGAGAACGACUGGGAAAGUGACUUUGUUGCAAAGUUAAUAAAAUAUGUUAAAGACGAGACUAUUGACAGUGUGUGUAAAAUAACGAAUAUUGUACUAAAUUUGAAUCCAACUUCCAUAACAAGCAAAUCAGAGCAUUUGUUGCAGCAAAUACUGUCUAACUUGGACUUGAGCCCCUCAAAUUUGAAUUUCAGCACAGAAGAUAACUUUGAAAACUGUAAAUUACUCAAGCUUGAUUUAUAUUUAAAGCUUUGUGAUAGUAUACUUGAUGCAGUUAUUGAAAAUAAUGAAAAACUCUAUUUACCUUUCCUGGAAACACCUUUAGAAAAUAUUCUGCUGAGUAGUAAUGAAAAGCUUAUAACCUAUUUCUUGACAAAUACAGUGCCAAGAUUCUUUGAGGCUGUUACUGGGUAUGCUAUAUUAGACAGAAUAUGGAAUUAUUUACAACAGUUGAAGAAUGAGUCAAAGCAAACCUCUCUAAAAGUUUUAAGUUGUUUAUCAAACUUCUACUUGCCAACAGUUGACAACAAAGGAAAACUAAAAUAUGAAUCAGAAAUAGUUCAUCAUUCAGAAUUCUGGAAUGUGAUAUUGCACGGACUGAGGUCAAAUGAUGCAAUUUUACACAAACUCUCAGUUUAUUUGAUGAAACGGUCCAUAGAUUGCAUCUGUAAUAUGAAGACAAAUGUUGAGGUCAAAUCAGGAGAAACAGUUUUAUUUUCAUGGAAAAUAAAAGAUCAGAACAGCAUGAAACAAAUGUGGAACAACUAUUUUAUAUUAAUAGAUAGCUUAGAGGAAAAGCAGAGUAAUAUAGUCUUGCCCUCUUUACAGUUAUUUGCAAAACUUAAUGACAUUGGCAAUCAUUGGUUGAAUUGUGUGUUUAAUAUGGGUCUUAAACAUGAUAAUGCUCAAGUUAGGCUCAAAUGUAUUGAAUAUAGACUGGAUGUAAAGAUCAACAAUACUAAAGAAGCAUAUACUCUUUUAGAGGCCCUUAAUGAUUUGAACUUGUAUGAUCAUCCAGAAGAAUAUGAAAAACUCAAUUUUAAGCUAGCUGAGAAAACAAAAGACUUAAAUACAUUUUGUUACGUUUUUGAAGCAAUGCCUUUACUGAAAUGGUCACCUGUACCUUUCUUUUAUCUAAGUCGCAUAUUAGCUGAGCUACAUAUUGAAGAUGUUACUAAGACACUGCUCCCUGAUAGAGUAACUGAGAUUGUUAAUGAGCUACUUAAAUUACCUUGUAACAAUUUGGCUGCUAGAAAAGCUAUACAUACAAAUAUGUCCCAUUUUGUUGGACAAUCAUGUGCAGGAUUUAAGUGGCAAGAUUACGCAAAUAUAUACUCUGCUUUUAAAUUUGAUUUAAUGUCAAAUGAGGCUAAGAAGAAGAACCCUCUAUUGUUAAGUAUAAAAAAUAAACUUUCAAUACAUGACAAUAAAAUCUCGUUUUUCAAACUGGUGGGUGAUUCACAUAUGAAUGUUGAAUUUGGAUUAUUGUACCUUGAUAACCAUUAUGAAGAUUUACCAUUGUUUCUUGAAAUAAUUAAUGAAAAAAUGUCAAGAAUAAAUGAUAUUGCUAACAGACAGUAUUCAAAUAAAAUUGAAUGCUUCUAUGAAGCAAUUUAUAUUUCACAUAUGUACAGAAAAACUGUUGACAAAGAAAAUAAAACCAGAGAAACUAUCAAUUCAAUGAUAGCUAAGGAUAUAAAGGUAAUAUUACAGUAUGUUAUGACUCUAAUUGUAAAUGAGGUCAUAUUAACAAUAGAUGAAACCAAACUGUUUUUUAAAGAAUUGAAUUCAUUAUUACAAAAUGAGGAUAAAGAUGAUUUAAAAGAUAUUUUACUACAGUUGUACAAAACCUCAGUUUUAGUAUUAAAAAACAAAGGAUCUGACUUGAAUAGUAAGGUAUUGUGUACAUUUAUUGUAGCAAACAUGGCUAACAAUUUACUAAUGAAAAGUAACUACAAACAUGAAAUGUUCGAUCUUAAGGGAAUCUUAGAAAUAGUAACCAAAUUUGAAUUUGGCGAUAAUAAAAGUAAGGAAAGUAAUGGCAGAUUAAAAAACACGAUUUACGAAAAAUCCUGUGAAAUCAUACAUUAUUUAAUUGAAGAUGAAAAUGACGCUAAAAGAAAUUUGAAAGAAAUAGAUCAGUUUGUACAUAAUGUUAUUGAGUGUGGUGGAUAUGGUUGUUUCAAGUGGACAUUGAGGAUUGUAAAUAAAUUAUUACCACUUCUAUCAGAAGAAACAGUCAAUUUUAACGUAACGCUAUUUAUUCAUAAUGCGUGGAGGGAAAUAGAAGAACUCAAAUCUAAUAACCAGUAUGCACCAUGCAUGAAAGAGUUUAUUGACUUGAUAACUCAAGAUGUUCUUUUAAAGAAUGCAACUUACAAUAACACCAUUCUCUUCUAUUGUAAUAAAGUCGUCGAAUAUGGUCCAAUGAAAAACACACCACUUUACUUCUUAGUAAGGACAUUAAACUCUAAAGAUAUCAAUUCUGACUACGGUCAGAUAGUUUAUGUAUUAUGUGAGAUGUUGCUGUUUUCACCUGUACCGCGGAAAGACCAAAGGAUUGCUGAAAACGUCGCUGUGGACAUUCUCCAUAACUCGGAAUAUGCAGUGAAUCAAGAUGAGACGGGUAUACAUUUCAACUUCCAAAUACAAUUUAACCUGAUUAUAAUUCUUUGCAAGAUCUCAGAUCCUCUAAUUAUCAGAGUAGUUUCGGACUUGAUCAUGGAGAAAAUUAACAAGAUGCUGGUAAAUAAAUGCAUGUACCACGGCCACUCCCAGCCUCAUAGGACUCUGAUGAACGCCGUGCAGCAUUCAUUGUUAAUAUUGGUGUCGAAACCGAAAGGCGUGGAUUUCACCAUAACAGCUGAUUGGUGCAUGAACUUGCUGGGAAGGAUGCCUCAUCAACCAAGCGUUAGGAUUUGUUUGGAGUGGUAUACCGCCUUGUAUUUAUACAUGAAGCAACCUAAAAUGGACCAAGGGGUACUCAGUAUCCUUAAAUCCAAGAAAAUUCCGCUCGCAUCCCAACUAAUGAUUCUGUACUGGAUUUUAAAACACAAAAUAUCAAACAGUACGUGUAAGUCAGGAGAGUUUGAGUUUGUCAUGGCGACCCUGUUGUCUCACACUAUGGGCCAAGUGUUCAGUACACGCCUCCUGUCUCAAUAUCUUGCUUCGAAACUUUACCAACUCUGCAGCAAUAAACCCCAAGAAUACGGGUACGUAUUCAAUAUCAUCGAAAAUACGUUCACCGAAAGUCGGAAAGACAAAAACUUUCUAAAGAUUCAAAAUGAUUAUUUUGCCAAUGAGUUUGAUAUAGUGAGAAAUUUGACGCCUUGUUUUAUAUAUUACUUUGUGCCAAGAUACUGCGAAGUCAGUAAUAACGAAAAUGUCGAUUUGGACUACGUGAGAACUGUUUUAGAUAAUGUAAAAAAUCUGUUAUUGGAAGAUAAGUAUGAUGAUGACUUUAGAAAGGAAUGGAUAGCAAGUUGCAUAUCUGACGAUGAGGUAUUCAAUUUGAAAUUGUCGAAGAAUGCGGAGGUCAACGAAGUUGCCGUGAAUGCGGAAGUAGGAACGAUCCAAAAGAAAUAUGUGCCUUGGAAAAACAUGAGUGAUAUAGAUGUUUAUGAAAUCAAUAAAAAGAGAGAAAGCCCUAGUGACUUGAUUGUGGUGGCAUCUCUUAUCGACAAAUUACCGAAUUUGGGAGGCAUGGCUCGCACCAGCGAAGUAUUCGGCGUGAAGACCUACGUCGUGGAUAGUUUGCGACAUUUACAGGAUAAACAGUUUCAGGGACUGAGUGUGUCGGCGGAGCGAUGGGUCGACAUCGAGGAAGUGCGGCCUGGUGCCCCCCUCAAGGAGUACCUCCUUCGGAAGAAGUCUGAGGGAUACUCCGUAGUAGCAGCUGAACAGACCUCCUCCAGUUGUCAGUUACAAUCGUUCAAGUUUCCCAGGAAAACAUUACUCCUCUUAGGACACGAAAAAGAGGGCAUCCCAUGUGAUCUACUACCGAUGAUGGAUUUCUGUGUGGAAAUACCGCAACAGGGCUUCGUGAGAUCUCUCAACGUGCACGUCACGGCCGCCAUAUUUGUGUGGGAGUAUGCGAGGCAAAAUUUCCUGUGAUGCCAAUUAUUUAAAAUGAAAGUACUGAGACACUGUGGUGAAGUUUCCAAUACAUAUAUAAUUUAUUGCCGUAUGCAAAAAAAAAGGAUUUAACGGUGUCUUUUAAUAUGAAAGGUUACCUGAGGUAGCGUCCAUCGGUGGCUAACAAGCUUACGACCCACGUGAUGGUAAGCGGUCACCGCAUCCUAUGGACGUCUACACUCCAGGGGUGUUACAUGCGCGUUGCCGACCAUUUUAAAACUUAUAAACUUCUUUUUUGGAGAUCUCCUUGAGACUUAGAGGUUCAAUAUCGCUUGUGAGUUUGGGAUCGUAGACUAUUCAUAGGUACCUACAGCGCGCUUUUGGACUGAUUUGAAGGGUCCAAGGUGGCAUCCAGGUGCUCCUGUCCAAAGGUGACAGCAGUACUCAAUAUAUGGGAUCAGUCUACCCCAAAGUAAAGUAUCGCCUCCCUUUAUUGAGCACACCGAGUUUUUUUGGAUACGAGCGCAGUCUACCCAGCAAGGUGGCUACGAAAUUAUUGGACGUCACUGAUGGAGAUGUCAACACCGAUCAAUACUCCCUGACAUGGGAAGGGUUGUGCCUUAAAAAUGAGGUUUUCUUAGCGGUAAACGCUCAAAAUUGAGUCUUGGUGGGUUUGAAUUGGACUAAAUUGUCCCGAUCCCACAUCGAAACUCUGGAUAGAAUGCUCUCGAUACCUGACACAGGUUUUUCACAACAUUCUAGUAUCACAGACCGAGUGAUGUUGGCACGGCAUGUGUUAUACAGGGUGGUCCACCAAACCUUGACGUUCAAAAAAUUUUUUUAUAUUGCUCACGCUGUGGGCUAUUAGAAUAGGUAUGUAUGUUAGCCGACUUUUCGUAGUUUUCGAGUUAUGAUUUUUAUUACUUUUAACUUUUGUUAAGAAAUUCCGGGGUGAAGCAAUUAAUUUAUUAAAAUAAAGAACAACGGGUUGCACUCCGGGAGUGCCGACAGAAGUGAAAAAUCAAUAAGUAGUCCAAAACUCUACAGCACUAUGUGUAAUUGACUCAUCCUCCUUUCUAUUGAAAAACUUUAGUUCCGAAAUUGCUGGCCAGUGAACUUAAAUUUGUAGCGUUAAUUGUUUAAAAUUCGAAUAGAAAUUGUAAAGUUACCUUGCAGACCUCGCAUCUAAAUAUAUUUGGUCAUGAUAUUUUGAGUUUUAUUCACCAGUACUAGAGUUCACUUUUAUUAGCAAUUUCAUCAAGAUGUAGCUUUAUUGAAUUAUAUUGGAGUGAUAUAAAGUUAGAAUGUAACUGUGAGAUCCUCGUAUUUCAGCCCGUACAAGAUUAGAACAUUGAGCUUUAUUGCUUAAUAUAAAAGUCCAGUUUUAAAUAAUUGACCUGAUUAUGAUACGUUAUGACUAAAGUUCUUUAGUGAAUAACAUUGUCCGUCACACAUAACAUAAAGUCACGCAAGCGCCCUGCGCCGCCUACAUGAAACAGCAGGCUCAGGCAUACAUUUUCGCCGUGCGGAAGAAAGAGAGGAGAGACGCCUUACGCUGUCUCGAGUUUAUCAUUUUUUCCCCGCCUCAAAAAGUGCUCAGCGCCGCUAAAGAAGUUUUCACUUCAAAACAUCCUAUUGAACUUUUUUAAAUGUUUCUUUUUGUAACAUAAUCCAAGCGAUUCAAGGACUUUUGGUUAUUAUAGAAACUGCUAGACCCUAAGUUUUUUAAAAGGUCAAAAAAGUGAUACUUAAUAGUCAUAAUUUGUCAGAGACGCCGGUCAAAGGAACUGAGUUGGAAAGCUUCCAAAUUAGUAAUUCAUUAAAUAAAUCCUCUUUUGUUAUUUCUACUAUAAUUUUAUGGGGUCACUUCCCCAUCGCUAUUUCUUGUUAUCAGUGCAAAUACCACGAACAAUUAUUAGAAGGCAUAAAAGCAAAGCAAAGCUUCACCCCGGAAUUGCUUAACAAUAGUUAAAAGUCUCGAAAACUACGAAAAAUCGGCUAACAUACUCGUACAUGGUGUAUAUUCUGAUAACCCACGACGAGGAUUCUAAAAAAAAAUUUUGGGCGUCAAGGUUUGGACCAGCCUGUAUACAGGGUGGCUAAAAAAUAACUGCAUUUCCGUUGCCAGGGAGGUUUUGAGAUUAUACUGAGCAACUUUUACUAUGAGUCCAACUCCUAAGUCGCGAAAAAAAAUUUGGCUGUUUCCUACAUUUUGGCUGGUCCAUUUUCUAUGGGAGGGUAAACUUUUUUUCGUGAUUUCGGGGUUGGUCCUGUGGUAAAAGUUGCUCAGUAUAAUCCCAAAACCUCCCUGGCAACGGGAAUGUAGUUAUUUUUUAGCCAUCCCUGUAUAGUACUGUCGUCCGCAUAUCGAUGAAUGUCGUCGAUAGACAACAUGUCACAGAUAUGCAGCAGCAGCA